AUGACUGUCACGAAGGCUGCCCAGCCCGCCGACUUCGCGACCCUCAGGCGGCAGAGGGACUCCAAGCGGAAAGCCAUUGGCGCGAAGAAAGGCAAGGCAGAGGGCAAGGCCGAGGCCAAGGGCGUGGCCGUGGCCGGGGGCACCUCAGCCUGCGGCAACAGGCGCACCCAGGAGUUGCAGCUAAUGGAGGCGGUUGCGACGCGCACCCUGCUGUUGGACGAAGAACGCGCAGCUCUGUGCCGCGAUCAGAAAUUCGCAUUGGAAGCGCCUCUUAAAAAAAGAAAGAGAGCUGAUGAAAGGGAUGGACUGGACUGGACUAUCGACCAGCACGACAAGGCGGGCGCAGUGGAUCGCAAAAAGGCCAAGGACGAGAAUACCGAUUUGCUUAGACCUCCGCAAGCAAGUAACCAGUGGCCCUUUUCUCGGAUGUUGCACCGCCUCGGCGGAGCCUGCGAGGAUAUGGAGUGCCGAGAUGCGUUGCUCAAGCAGAUCGCCGACUGGGGGGACAAGAAAGAGUUGACAGAUAUGGCGACGUGCAGCGCGGUGACGAUCUGCUUUGUGACUUGCAUGGUCUGCUUCAUCACGCUCGGCUUCCUUAUCCUCAGACAGCAGUUCGACAAAAAGGUCCAUGGGGGUGCUAUGUACUUCGAGUUCUGCCUGGCCUUGUACGUGGAGGUGAUGAACUACAUGCUUUCAGCACUUGCGGGCGGUCUUACUGCCAGAGAGAACCACAGGACAGAGGGAGAACACGAGUUUCACAUGUUGGCUAAAACGAUGGUGAUGAAGUUCGUGAUCACGUAUUUCGCCUUGUACUACAUUGCUUUUUUCAAGGACCACCACUAUCUGUUUGGAGUACCAAUGACUUGCUUGAGGGGCGACUGCUUCUCGGACCUGCAGUCGCAGCUUGCGGCCUUUGUGUUCUUCCGCCUGGUGAUGGCCAAUGCCGUGGAGUUCCUGUAUCCCCGCGUCGCGGGCGCCGUCCGCAGCGGUAUGCAACGGUCCCCUGGCUUUUGCGUCUUUCUGAGGAAAUGCGUCUGCGACUGCGGGCAUUGCCUCGAGAACUGGAUCAGAUUUCGGAGUGUGGGCGGCUCCUUGGGGGAGCUUUCAGCCACAGAAGCGCAGGCGAACUUGGAUUGCUUCAGCGCUUUCGAGGAGUUCGAGGAGUUCAUGAUCUGUCAUGGUCUCGCCACGCUGUUUGCAGCGACCUCCCCGUGGGUCUGCUUCGUGUGGCUGCUGGGCGCUAUUCUGGAGAUGAAGGUCGACAGGGACAACCUCCUGCUGAGAAGCCAGAGACCAACGCCGGCGCGCGCAAGGAACAACGAGCCCUGGGACACCGCCUUCGAGCUGUACGGGUUCGCCGCGGCGACCACCAACAUCUUGCUGGCUGUGUUCGUUUCCGAGGAGCACGCGGGGCUGGACACGCUUGGGAAGCUGGAGGCGUUCACGUACUACGCGCAUGCGGUCUUGCUUGCCCGGCUUGCCCUCGCGUGGCUCCUGCCAGUGGUGCCGAGAGGCGUCGCCACGCUCAAGAUGAAGCAGGACGCCCUCGUCCACCGCGUCCUCGAGAACGUCAGGGUUCAGGACGUGCAGGAGCGCGGACUGUUCCGCGACCUCAAGACCAGCCCUCUGGACAUCCACGAGUUUGACUUCACGGAGGAGGACGAGGACGGUGUGGAGCCGAGCCUGAGGCUGGGCCAGAGCGCCAGGGCGCUCGCCUCCGGCAUUCUGGACGCCGCGAGUGCGCCCAGGUAGCGCUGUAAUUGAGCGCCGCGCGCGCGCGCUCCCGAUUGCCCGCCGGCUGCCCUGUGGCGUCGCCAUGCACGCACUAUUCGAUGGGCUCCUCCUCCUCCCCCUCCUCAUCCUCCUCCUCCUUCUCCUCCCCCCGCCCCUUUGCUGCGCCCUGAUUAUGCUGCUGCUAUUGUUGCUGUGUGGCCAACUCGGCCGGCCCAAGGUGGCUGCGCCGUCCCAUGGCCCGUGGGCGUAGAGGCGCAGAGGCCUCGUGCUCCGCGCCGGCGCAAAAGUUGCGCAAUGCCACGCCGUGUGCCCGCGCGGAGGCACACAGCGUCGUCGGAGAGGGCUACGGUCAA